UAGAUGGACCGAGCAACACCUCUUACUGAGUUGACUAGCUAAUAACUUUUUUUCUGGUUGAAGUGCUUUGACAGAGCCAGGAAAUGGCUGAUUGGAUACAGUCAGCAUUGCUGACGGUCCAUGGCCGACUUCCUGACGAAUCCCAUCAUCGUCGAUCUCGGAGAAAAGGGAGAUCAGAUGAUAAACCCUUCGACCAAAUCCUGACCAGUGCAGCACAACAUGAGGGUGAGAGUGAAGGAAGUGGCAGUAAUCCCUUUACCUCCAGCACAAAGAAUUCAGGAGUUUCUAGACGAGGCAAAAAGGGUGGCAGGAGCCGUGCACAUGCCUACUCUGAGACACCAAUGGAGCCAACACAUGCAUACAGUAAGCAAUACCGCGACAUGAAUAACACGCAGCACAAGAUGGCCGUCAAGAUGGAUAUUCACCUGCAGCAGCAGCAGCAGCAGCAGCAGCAGCAGCAGCACCUGUCCGACAGUGACGCAGAGCCCACCGGCUGCUGGGGAGCUGCCCAGAGAAUGCUGAGUGGAUGCUACACCUCGCGGAGGACUGAGCAGAGGAUCAGGGCGCAAGCGGAUCAGAGGUACUAUGAGUUCCGACGGAUGGAGGAGGAGGAGAAACGCAGGGAGCUGCAGAGACAGAUGGACCUGAUCAGCCAAGAUGGCCGGAGGCAGAUACAAGAGGUGGUAAAGAAAUAUGAGAAGAUGAGGAAACUAGACGAACUGAAACAAAGAAAGCUGCAAAGACUGACCGAGGUGGUGCGGCAGGAGUGGGCCAAGACAGUCGCCUCGCAGACCUGGAGACUGACCGAGGAGGAGGUGAAGGAGCUGAAGAGGCUGCGAAAACAGGAGGCCGCUCUUCAUCUUAAGAUCCAGAGGCUGCGGGAGAAGGAGGCCAUGUCGGAGACAGGGACCUGCACGGAGAGUGAGGACAUGAGUGGGGAUGAGAGAGGGCAGCAGCAGAGGCAGAGGGAGAAGGACAGAUGGCCCCACCUGGAGCAGCAACAGCUGGACAUGAGGAGCUCUGAGACUCUCAGCAAGCCACACCAGUAUGGAAGCACAGGAGGUCCAGUGAAUUGGCUGUGGAGGGAGGAGAUUGAGCAAUUCCGGAGGCUCCGAAAACAGCUGGAUUCUAUACUUUUAAAGAUUAAGAAACUGGAAGACAAGGAGACCAAACCCAGGAAUGAGGCAGAUAAGUUGCGUCUGGAAGGCACUGGACGGCAGGUAAUACCAGGAAGCAGUGAGACAAGCAGAUACAAGAUAAGCAACCUCAAGAUGGAACAAAGCAGAGAGGCCGUGGCAGAGACCGGCAGAAUGGCUCAACUGGAGAAAGUCACAGAGAUGGAGAGACAGAGAGACCAAGAGAGAUGGAGAGAGAUGGAGAGAAUGAGGGAGAUAGAGAAGAGAAGAGCGAGAGAGCUGGAGGAGGAAUGGUCCAGGCGACUGGAGGGGCUGCAACGCCAAAAGGCAGAGAUAAAGAAGAAAGACAUGGAAAAAGAGUGGUCUGAGAGAACCCUAGAGAAAGAGAAAGAGAAAGAACUUGAAGAAAAAGUGAAGAGGAUGGAGACGGAGAGAGAGAGAGCUGUGGAAGAAGAAAGACAGCUGGAGAUGCAAGAACAAGAACUGAAGAAGCACCUGAAGGAGAGAGAGAGAGAGAUGGAGAGAAAGCGCCAGCAGGACAGGGAGGCCAGGCUACUGGAGAUGGACCGUCUGAUAGGAAAAGACAGAGAGAUCUCUCAGAGGAGAGAGGAGGCCUUACAGAAAAUGGAGGCACUGAGACACACAGAGACACAAAUGGAAAAAGACAGACAGCUGGAUAUGCAGACUGAGCUGAAGCAGGCGGAGGUGGAAUGCCAAGACAUGGGAUCAGAGAUGGAGAGAGGGAGAGAGUGCCCUGUGAAGGAAGAGGAAGAGAAUGCAGAGAGGAGGAUGCAAAAUGAAGGUGAAAAAGAGAUACAAAGAGAACAGAAGAAACAGCAAGAGAUGGAGGAAGAGCUAAAGAAAAUGGAACAACAUUUUGAGAUGGAGAGAGAAAUGGAGAGAAAGACACAAGAGGCAAGAAGGAGUGAGAUGGAGAAGAAAAGACAGAAGGAAUGGGAGGAGAGGGAGAGAGAGAUGGAGAGAAAACUGGAAGCUCAGAGAGAGGCGGCUCAGCUGCAGGACCAGGAGCUGUUGAGGCUGCGACAAAAGCAGCAGAAAGAUAAAGAGGAAGAAUGGAUGAAAGUGGAAAGACAGAGAGAGAGAGAGAGGGAGGAAAAGAGAGUAACUGCAGUGGAGACACACAGGAAACCAGAGCUGGAGAAAGACAUGCAUGAUGGUAAAGAACGGAUGAGAGAAAUCAAGCAAGAAGUGGAAAAGAAACAACAAAACGUGAAAGAGAAAGGAACUGAGAAUGAAGACAAAAUAGCAAAAGUAGAGCAGAGGAAACCAACUACUGAAGGGAUCGGCUGGUUGGCAGAACUGAGGCAGAAAGGAGAGACAAUCAAAGUUCUCUCCCCGCACAACAACCAGCCUUUUCUGCAGGACACCUCAGUGACGUGUAAGCUCAAACAAGGACAGGCAGAAACAGAGCGGAAGCACAAGGAACUGGGAGAUGACUGGCUUGGAGGUGUGGACCUAAUGAAGAGUGAGGACAAAUGGAGUGAGAUCAGGAGGAAGCAUCAGCAAAGCAGGGAGGACAGUAGACAGGAGCUGGACAAACAGGGUCUUCAAGGGCAGCAGACAGAAACUAAUACAUGUGCUGUGGUCAGACGAAGAGGAAGACCUGUGGCCAGAACGAUGGAUGCCACAGAGCAAACCCUGACGGAGCUGACAGAGCUGAAUAAACAGGGCCGAAAAGAGGUCAAGAAGUGCGGAAACGAGGGCAUGGACUGCCUGGGUGGAACGCAGCAGAGAGUGGUGAAAGGGAGGAGAGGGAGUUUGGCAGAGGGGCAGCAAAUUAUGGAUAAAGAACUAUUCACCCAGGAACGAAGGAGAGAAGGAGAAGAAAAUCAGGACAACAAAAAUGACAACAACAACAACAACAGCUUAUUAACUUUAUGUGACGCACACCUUACAGUGAAGGAAACCGAGGAGAUGUUGGAGGAAAACCAACAGAGAGAGAACGCACAACAGAAAGAGCAGAGGCAGAGACAACAGCACAAGAGAGAGAACACACAUCAGAAGGAGCAGAGGCAGGGACAACAGCACAAGAGAGAGAACGCACAACAGAAGGAGCAGAGGCAGGGACAACAGCACAAGAGAGAGAACGCACAACAGAAGGAAAUACAGGAUGAAAUGGAAAAGGACCAGGAGCAAAGGCAGCAAAAGGAGAUGGAGAGAGAUAAAGAGCUUGAAAACCAAAAAGAACGAGAGAGAAAGUGGCAAACGGAGAAAGAAAAACUGCCUGGAAUUCAAAAGCGAAAAGAGAUUGAAAGCCAAAGGUUUACUGAGAGAGACAAGCAGAAUGCAAUAUAUAAACAGAAUGAUGUGGAAAAACAGGAUUUAGACCAACCAAAGAUGGCAGCAAAAACUCCAAUCCAGAAAAAAGAUAAACCUGUGGAGGUUAGCAUGCAAAGGUCUGAAUGCCAAAACAGUACAGACAAAGUAGCAAUCCAUUACGCUGCAAGAAGGAAACGUCCAAGAGGAUUGUAUCAGCCAGUGGUCCAAGCUACUGGUAAUCACCGGCCAACACCACGCCGCAUUAAGUCAUCCUUACAGAACACUGUCGACCAAACACCUGCCCCAGUGGAGACUCUGCCUGAUUCAACACCUUUCCGGCAGAGGGACUCUGAUGAUACUCUUAAUGGAAACAGCACGGACAUCAUGCCGUCUGAGAGAACAUUGGAGGCAGAAAGAGAGGCGGCUCAGCAGCAGGAACAAAAGAGAGAAGAGCAGGAAAAAGCAACAGAACAGAUACAAAUUGAAAAAGAGAGAGAAAUUGAGAUGGAAGAAAAAAGAACGGUUGUGGUGGAGACGCCCAGGACAACAGAGCCAGAGAGAAAGAUGGACAGAGGUAAAGAAUGGAGGGGAAAAAUGAAGCACGAAGAGCCCCAGGUUUGCUCAGAAGAGCAAGUGCAUGCCCUGAGCGGGAGUCCCCCGAGUCUGGCAGGUGUGAGUGAUGACGAGUUGGAGGAGCUGUCUGGGAGCGUUCUCCUGACCUCAGCUGAGGACGACAGAACUCCAGGUGCCACAGACUUCAGUAGCGCAGCAAACGCAGACAGUGGGACCAGACAGGACAAAAGUGUGCCGAGGAGGGUUUUUGGGUGGGUGAACAAACGCGUAAAAAACUACUACCAGAAGAAAAUUGAACGGACACAUGUGAGAGAGGAGGAGGAAGGAGACCAAGAUUACCACCCAUGGUAUUUUGAUUGCCCAAUUUCUCGAGCAGAGAGAGAGCUGCAGAAAAGAGAGGAGCUGUUAAAGAAAGAGGCCACACGACAACGAAUUGAGGCCUCCUGGCGAAAUUGGGAGGCUAAGAUCGCUAAGAACAAGGAGAAGGCGAGGGCUAAAAAGCAAGAAAAUCAGCAGAAAUUAAAGGAUAUAGAAGAGCAUCUCCGUUAUUUAGCAAACUACUAGUCAGUGAGCAGAAAGACCAAGGCUCAACUUCAGACAGGAUUUUAUUUCAUUUUACUUUAUUUAAUUUAUAUUUUUUAACAACCA